AUGGUGUUGCCUUCCCCCGGCCUCGACUCGGCACUCACCCGAGGUCUACCAGCUCGGUUUCGAGAUUUGGAAAACUUGGCCAAGAAAAACCCUUCCCAUUUGAAUAUCGUCUUGUGUCGUUCGCCUAGUGCUGAAGUAGCUCAGGAGGCCUUCGAACUUGGUGUGUGGCCUCUGAGCAAGCAGACAGCUCGGAAGCUAUGGGAGAUCAUGGCGGCCCAGUGUGAAGGCUUUGUGGUUUUGGUAAUCGCCCUGCCCGCAUCUGAUUACUCCACUACAGGGCGAGGGCACUACCUGGGCUAUGGAGCGGCUAUAUGCCCUGCUAACACGGAAGAAAUGGGAGGCGUUGGGAGUACCUUUCCCGAAGGCUGCAAGGUCCACUGGAUUGUCAAGGAGACUGAGGUGCCGUACUCAGCUGCGGGUGGGCUUGUUAACACUUUGAAUAACAAUUAUCGGAUAGAGCUCACCAGAGAUGGCUUUGAGGUUGAUGUUGAGAACGGCAUGAAGCUGCUGCAAAUACUAUCCCCUCGAUUCGAGGCGCGGGAUGCCCGUCGAUCGGAGGCUGGGGAAGACCCUGGUUUCUCUUCUCUCCGUUUCUUUUACGCUGUAGCUGACGAGGUUAAGACCAUAUGCGGCCCUGUUACUACUCGCUUCCCUAGCUCGACAACGACGUCGACGACCCCAUCUGGUCCAACAGAUACACCAACUGAGGACGGUCUGGCUGGAACAUGGUGUGGUCAGCCUGACGAUACAUUCGACUCGAUAGGUUUCUCCGGCAACACUCUCGCUGUCCUCUAUAAUGGUGAGGUCUAUUAUAUGCAAUACUACUGGGAGAGCAACAUGAUUUAUACAUAUGGUGCCGAUCCAGUUCGCGAAGCUGAAGCGUCCGUGGAGUUCUCUGCGCUUCAGCUGAGCUAUUUCGUGAGUAACAUCUCUAUCCAUCUCGGCGGUGAUUAUAUUGGGACUUACAAGCGUGAGGGUAUCUGCGGUCCUCUCCCCGGAAUAGAGGGAGUAAAACCUCCCACGGUGGCAACCGUCUCCUAUACUACAUGGUGCUUGGAUGAUGGCAGCGAGCUCCCGCCGUUCGAAAUUAGAUUCACCGAGUCCUAUAUGACUUUACAUAUUCUUAGUAGUGAUUAUUUUUAUGGCUGGGAGAACCUCGUCCUUCCUGCCAAGUAUUGGAUUAGCAGCUCUGACAUCAGACUUAGUGAUCAAGAUAAUGGUUUUAAGAAUUUCCCAGAACUUGCUCAAGGCAAAUUCGCCCUGGUUUACCAUGGUUCAUGGUUGACUUUGAUUAGGCAAGAAGAUGUUACCUAG